AGUUCCUGGACGUUUUUUACGCUGUUGUCACAAACUACUGACGUCGCACCUCAACUGCAAAGAGCUCGCCGCGCUGAUUAGGGAGGCUGCCAGUUACAGUGGAAACUGCUUCUUCUACUCGUUGUUUAUGAUUUCAAUGGACUUGGUCAUUGUUGUAGCUCUUGUAGUUCUGCAAGUGUCCCUGCAGCCAUCUCUUGCAGCCUUGUUUACAGUGGAGGCAGAGCACACUUCAUAUAAUUCUGAGUAUGGAGGAAAUGUUGUGAUGGGCUGCAGGUUUUCUUCCAAACCAGCAAAUUCUCAAAAUGACCUCAAGGUUAUCUGGCACUGGAUGGACGACAGUCCAGAUCAGGAAGUGAUACGGCUAGUAGGCAACUUGGAGAGCUCUUCUUCUUCGAAGUUCAAGGGUCGAGUGAAGCUUCUCACUGAUGAACUGAAAAAUAGCUGGGCAAAGAUACAGAUUUCAGAUCUCAGGAUCACUGACUCUGGGACGUAUCAGUGUUUGGUUCAAACAACAGAAGGGACCGAUUAUAAAACUAUAGCUUUGUCAGUUGGAGCACCAUAUCACUCAGUCUCAAAACAGAUUGAGAGGACAGCAGAGGGGGAUAAAGUGGUGUUAACCUGCCAGUCUGAGGGAUACCCUCAGUCUCCUGUUGUGUGGCAGGAUGGGCAUCUGCAGAGUUACAGUUCCAACACCACAACCACAACAACGCCAGACGGUCUCAUUAAAGUCGUCAGUCAGAUUGAAGUCAGCUCUUCAGAGAAAACAAAAUACACAUGUAACUUUACAAAAGACCACUCGUCUGCAACAUUUCACAUUCCAGAUGACAUACCACUCCGUCAAGGAGAAAAUGACAUCCUCAUCGUUGUUUUGUGUGUAGGAUUAGUAUUGACUGCCAUUGGUCUUGGAGUGGUCAUUUACCGACGCCGAAAAGAUAUCAGAACUCCCAGGACCCAUAGCUGCCUGGCUGGUGAUGUGGAGUCCAUGUCUGCAGCUGCCUGCCUACAGAAAGACAAAGGAAACGAAGUUGAGGAAAUAGUUGUUACUGAAGGGAAGGGAUGUCAGUGAGACUCCAGGAUCUACUCGCAAAUACCGGUGAAGUCUUGUUACCUGAGGGAGGGACUUCCUGGAAGUGGGAAAACAACCGUAGCUGACAUCCUGCUCUCAUCUUGG